CCUGCUAUCAAUGCGAGCGGUAGAUAAGUGUGAAACUUAUCAAACCGACUCAGACACUCAUCAUCGAGCGCUAUCAUAUUUAGUUAGCGUAUAAAAACGACAUCAAAUACACGUGAAUUUAGCUAAAAUGUAUCCAGUGCGAGUGUUAAGGCGUUUUAACUGUUAUGUUAUAUCGUUAUUGUGCCUCGUUUGUGUGACUAUAGUCAUUUUACAUACGGAUUUCGCGCCGGAUUUAUAUUUCUUACAUUGGGAAUCGUUGGAGGACAAUUCGUGUCACUAUCAAGAUUCGAACGAUGAUCUUCCAGUGAUAAGUUCGAGCGUGGAGAUGCCUGAAAAGUCGAUUUUCUUCCACGAGACCUCUUGCAAGUCCGGACUGGAUUCACGGCAGGCUUGCGCCGUCGAAGCAGCGGCCAGAGCUCAUCCAAAAUGGCAGGUCAACGUUUUAAUUUCGGCGCCGAUUAAAGGAUACCAAAGAGGAGGCAGUUUGUCGGUACUUCGAAAAUUUCGUAACGUAAAAUUGUGGCGAUUGAAGAUAUGGGAAUACGCUAAAGGAACGCCGCUACAGGAUAUGGUGUUUAACGGUGCUUUGAACAGGACGCGCUGGAGAAUAUCGCACGCGUCAGAUUUACUCCGUUACCUGAGCUUGUAUAAGUACGGUGGGGUGUAUUUAGACUUGGAUACAGUGGUGGCGAAGGCUCUGGACCCCCUACCGAAGAACUGGUCAGCGAGGGAGAGCGAUGAGAAUGUAGCUUCUGGGAUCAUGUCUUUCUCGAGGGACCAUGUCGGUAGAAUGGUCGCCAAUGCUACCAUCAAGUUCUGAACAAUAACAUUCGGACCCCGAGCUGAGUCCGUGCUCGCUGCCCCUAAUGAAACCUUAUAGACAUCAGGGCAAUGAAUAAUCCUUCCUUCCUCAAAAAAAAAAAAAACAUUCAGUCCAUCACAUUCAGUAUAUCGAUCAACUUCAUCCGUUCGGUGGAAGACCUUCCCUUUUUUUGUCUUUACCCUCCAUAAUUUAACAAAAAGUUUGACAGAUGUCAAAAAAUCUGACCACCUGGGAUUUUUACUACUCUAUCUGAAACAUUAAAUUCAACAAAUAAUACUUAAUAGAGGUGUAUCCCACUAUCUAGUGCAAUCCAACACGGUAAGGCUAAUUAUCGUGGAAUAUUAAUGAUAUAAUAGCGUCGUUUAUGCAUUGAAAAAAUCGAUAUUGAAGUAAUCGAUAUUAAAUACUUUAUUAAAGUAACAGUUUCGCCUUAAUAGUUUGUAUAUAUCAAGUAUCUUUAAAAAAAAUAUUAUGAAGAAGAAAGCUUAAAGAAUAAGUAAGUGUGCCUAAAAAUCAAAUGACGUGUGGGACCAAGGAUGCGGGAGACCUUAAUCCUACGUUUGAAGGGCGGGGUAGCCGUUGUAACUAUACUGAGACCUUAGAACUGAUAUCUCAAGGUGGGUCGGGCAUUUACGUCGUAGAUUUCUAUGGGCUCCUGUAACCACUUAACACCAGGUGGGCUGUGAGCUCGUCCACCAAUCUAAGCAAUAAAAUAUUUAAAAAAAAAACGUCGCGAUUCCGCUUAUCAAUCAACUACAAUUAAUUAAGCGACAUUUCACUUAGUACGCGACAUUUAUCUUAGUAAUUAAAUGUGCAUUUUAUUUGGUCUUAGCAUCAACAGUGUGAUGUUUUUAAUUGAACUUCAAUUAAGUUUGCUCCAUUGAAAUAGCUGAAGCUUUUUUUUAUUGCUUAAUUGGGUGGACAAGCCCACCUAGUGUUAAGUGGUUACUGGAGCCCAUGGACAUCUACAACGUAAAUGCGCCACCCACCUUGAGAUAUAAGUUCUAAGGUCUGUGUAGCUACAACGGCUGACCCGCCCUUCAAACCGAAACGCAUUACUGCUUCACGGCAGAUAUAGGCAGGGUCGUGGUACCUACCCGUGCGGACUCAAGAGGUCCUACCACCAGUAAAGAAGUUUUUUUGUUAUGAUUUUUUUCCCAUAUUUUAAACUUUAAAUGACGCUUCUAUAAAGUUGCAAAAAUGUUGCUUAAACCAAAAAGCCUUUCACCCUUCGCUAGAUAAAUACUCCUUUCUGACAAUCAAUAAGCUAGAUAUAUCAGAUUUAGGCUGUACAAUCGUGUAUGACGUAUGAUAUAAUCGUAGAUAUACAACACUGUGUGUUACUGACGUCAAACGUUGCAUGUAGGCAAUCCGAUAACAAAAUUAUCUGAAAAAUUGAUAUGAAGAAUUUUAUAUAAGUUAAACGGUGGGUGGCGAUAGGCCGUGUUGUUAGUCCGCACGAAUAGGUACCACCACCCUACCUAUUUUUCCCGUGGGGCAGUUAUGCGGUUUCAUGCUGGCGGUCCGAAUAUUUUUUUGGCAUCUGAUGAGAGGGUCACCUAGUGCCAACGUUUAACACUCACGUCAUUUAGGAUCCUCCAGUGUGCUUAGUGCGAGUUUUUUAACGUUUUCGAUACCGUAAAAGUUAAUCAAAUUUUGUAUGCAGUUGGAACAGCGCCCCUAGCGGCAAACGUAGGCGAACGAUCCCAUUCCAUACAAAUAUGAGCUAACUUUUACGCUAUCGAGUACGUUAAAAACUCGCACUAAGCACUCCACUAACGAUGCUUUUAGGUACGUCAAGCACCGGUCAUCGUUCUCGUCGAACCCGUCGCUUGCGACGAAAGGCUCGGCGAGCAAAUUAACCCACAGACACCGCCCACUGAGUUUCUCGCCGGAUCUUCUUAGUGGGUCGCGUUUCCGAUCCGGUGGUAGAUUCUGCGAGGCACUGCUCUUGCUAGGGCUAGUGCUGGGAGCCUUGAGUUAGGAAAUAAUGCAAGCAUACUGAACGAAUAACGGAUAGCCAGAAACGGUUCUGAAAUCGGCGCGUAUUUUCAAUGCUUGACUUUGACAUUCAGUGUCUUUAGUGUCAACGUUAGGUACAGGUUAGGUAUUCAAGUUGAAGUAAAUGAUUUGAAAUCUAAGCAUAACGCGACUGUUUUACUUAUUAAAAUCAUUCAAUUAUUACAUUUUUUAUAAAAAUAAAAUCGAUGGUAUCAUGCCAAGUUAGUUUAGCAGAUUUCAAGAGGAGGUUUUCAAUUCGGACCGUAUAUUUUUAUUUUUUAUUAUUGCUUUUCAAAUCCAUUUCUGACCACAAAUUCUAGACUUCAGUAACAUGACGUCCACAUGAGCUUUUUAGCCAUGUUGUUAAUUUAAUACGGGUAUUUAGUGACACCAAAUACUCCUCAACCGAAUGUUAUUCAAUUUGAAAUUGUUAUUAAAAAAAAAACCUUUUUUCAUAAUCUCGAAUACAAGGCUGAAUUUUUUUGUAAUUUAGCGAAAUAAAAUGUAUUUUAAUUAUAAGAUGAAAAUUCUCUAUGUACUUAAAUAAUUACCUGCCAUUUUCGUAAUAAAGAUUUUGAAAAUUACUUAAU